CGCAGCCUGUGGGAGGGGAGAGUAAAUCUGCAACUUAAAAGUGGGAAAAACAAUUGACUCUCUGUCCUCACUCUCGGCAUACUCCAGGAAUCAGUCAUGGCUGCAGAAGCAAAGCAGUCUUGUUACGAGGGAAGCUCUGUCCAAAGCUUCCAGUUUUACCUAGAACACUCAGGAGAACACGAGGCCAUUCUCAAGUUUGUUCACAACAGCCUGCCAGGAGAAUUUAAAAGAAUUGCAGCUGGGAAAAGUAGCCUGGAUGUUCUUGGUGUCGGGAGUGGUGGAGGGGAGGUGGACGUCCAGAUACUCACUCUACUGCAGUCAACAGUCCCUGGUGUCCCAAUCACUGUUGACGUUGUGGAGGGCAGCUCUCAGCUCACAGACAACUUCAAAGCUCUGGUAGCAAAGACCACCAACCUUCAGAAGAUCCCAUUUGCUUGGCAUAUCAUGCACAGUGAGGACUAUGAGAGGCAAGUCAAAGCAAAAAGAGACAUGAAGAAAUUUGACUUCAUACACAUGAUUCAGAUGAUCUACUAUGUGGAUAACCUCGCAGACACCAUCAAGUUUUACCACAGCCUUCUGAAGAACAAUGGCAGGCUUAUGAUCAUCAUUGAAACAGCUAACGGUGGCUGGGACACCCUGUGGAAGACUUACAAGAAGGAGCUCUGUGUCCAGGACAUCACAGAGUAUCGCUCAUCGGGAGAGGUUAUCGCCUGCCUGAAGAGCCAGGGUCUGAAAUAUGAUGAGCACCCCAUUCCCAACAGUUUCGAUAUCUCUGAGUGCUUCAAUCCAAGCAGCCAGACCGGACAACGUCUACUGAAUUACAUGACAGCGACAGAUAACUUCCACCAGUCCUUCACCCCAGAGAUCAGAGCAGGCAUUUUAGACCUUCUCAGAAACAAGUGCAGCACUGAAAAAGAUGGCAGGGUGGUUUUCAACAGUCAUGUGAGCUGCAUUCUUGUUCAUGCCUAAGUUUGUCCUAUGGAAAAAUGUUCAUACAUUCUGAUUCCCCCUCUUGCAUUAACUUUACCCUGCCAUAUGAUUAAAAAAAGUACAGGAUAUUUGCCUGUUGGUAAGGUUAAGAUAACCAUGUGCAGAUGUAUUCACCUCAUUCACUCUGUAUGUGUACCAAAAUGAUCAGUAAAAAAAACAAUUCAAUUACUAUUUGGUGAUAAAAUCACUUCUACACUUAAAUAGUAAAUCUACUGUAUAUGAAAUCACUCAUCAGAGAAGUGACAAUUAGCCGAAUCCAGUGGCAUAACAUGCAUUUGAUUAACCCUGGGGAUUUGAAUUAUUGUUAAUGUUUAUAAAUGAAAUGAUGAAUCAAAGUUUCACUGUUUACUAAAGAAAUAUUUCAACUUAAUAUCAGUUGUAAAUAAGUGAAUUUAAACGAAAUACAGACUACAGAAACAGUAUAAAAAAAUUAUCUUGAGAAAAUAAUACACUGAAUAUAACUUGCAUACUACAACUUUGGAAGUGAUAAAACACAAUGGCUGUG